AUGAAUAAAAUAACCAUUGAAUCCCAAUAGACAAGAUCUGCUUUAAAAGUCUAACAACCCAUCUUUAUGGAGUAAUAAGAGGCAAAAUCGUGUCGAAUUUGUCUUGAAACUGAACUGGAUAACGAUAAACCCAUUAUGCAUCCUUGCAAAUGUAAGGGUUCUCUUGGAUAAGUUCACGAAGAGGUAAGACUUUAUAAUUAAAAUGAGUGUCUCAAAACUUGGAUAGUUACAUAAAACAAAUAAAUAUUCACCUAGUGUGAAAUCUGCAAAAUCGAAUAUCAAAUUGAAUUUACCUCACGUAAAGUUUGUAUUCCUGUAUCAAUUUGAUUGUAUUUAGAGAGAAAAGCAUGUAAAUCAAAUUUGGAAAAUAUGAUUGCACUAAUUUGUCUUCUCUUUAUAUUUCUAGGCUUUACAGCUCUCCAGGCUUUUUUGGUUUUUCAAAUGUAAUCCAUAUAUAUAUAUAAAAUUAGUGUCAAUAUUUUUGAUGGAAAUGAUAAUAAUAAUGAACAAUCCAGUUUUUUGAGUAGUCCUAUUACUAUGAUUGGUAACCCUUAUUUUAUAAAUAUCUUUAGGCUUUGCAAUCAUAGUCUUUUUGUUUUUAGUUCCCAUUUUUAUGUGUCUUCUCUAUGUCAUAAAAAAAAUGCUCUUUGUAACUAAGAUAAAAUCUUGGCAUAUUUUAGAGAGAGUUCAAACUCCCCCAGCAGAAUUAUAGGAACAAAUGCUUUAACAUACCUUAUCGAAAAAUGCUUCUCAAUUAUUGUAAUAAUUGCCUAAGCUAAAUUAAACUACUUCCAUUCUCAUAUAAGGAAAUGGAUAGGAUUACGAACAUGUUUAAUUUAUUUGA